AUGGGAGAAGAAGAUCAGAGAAAUGAUGAUGUACCUGAUUGUUACAAUCGAGUUCAUUAUAUUCGAGAUGCUUGUAAAGUAUUAUCUGAUCUUUGGAAAACCGAUAAAGAUUUUCUAAAUAAGAGUAUUGAUAAUGAUGUUGCACGUUCUUAUCGUUUACCAUAUGGAACAAGUGGAGCUUCAUCGUCAACUAUUCGUCAAACAAUGACUGAACUUCGAGAUAAUUAUGAAAAAGCUCGACAAAAAUUAGAAGUAGCUGAUGCCAAUUGGAAAAAAUUUCAAAGACGAUCUGGUCGUUUAACAUCACCAAAUUUUGAUGAACGUUUACGUGAAUUAGAAGAUAUUCGUUGUGAAUGUGAACAAGCUCGAACAUUAUCACGUAAUAUAUAUGCAGCUGAAACAUAUAAAGUUGCUAGUGAAGAACAUUCAAUAACAAUUAAACUUUUUUAUCAAUAUUUAUAUGAAGCAAAUACAUUUUAUAAUCAUUUUAAAACUACAUCUACAAAAGUUAAUCAAACUUUUUUUACGACAAAUAAUUUUAUUAAAAAUAAAAGAAUACCAUUACAAUAA